AUGGAGAUGGCAAGUUCCCCGGGCGCCUGGCUCGCUGGAUACCUCGUCGCGCUCGUGUCCUUCCGCCUGCCCAUGCGUGUGUCAGGUAGGAGUGGGGACACUGGCAACGUGCACCUGGCCCCGCUAGGGGGCACCGCCGAGCUGCCCUGCCCGCUCGCCCUGUGGCCGGUCACCGUGCCCACCGCGGUGACGUGGCUGCGGUCCCCACCCCCGGACGGCUCCCAGGCUGUGCACGUGUUCCGGGACGGGAGAGACCGGGAGGAAGGCGUGAUGCCGGAGUACAAGGGGCGCACGGCCAUGCGGAGGGACGCCCAAGAGGGAAGCGUCAGCCUGGAGAUCCGUCAGGUCCGGCUGGAGGACCGAGGGCAGUACCGAUGCCAGGUCCAGAUCGGAAACCUGACUCGAGAGGGCACCGUGACCCUGCAGGUGGCAGCUCCGUCUUCAGGGAAGAUCUCCUCCUCAGCGAUGGCUCUCGCUGUGAUCCUGCCUUUCCUGGGGCUCCUCAUCAUGGUGGGCAUUUUCCUCAUUUGGAAGCAAAAAAGAUCAAAAGAGAAGCUUCUCUAUGAACAGGUGGUGGAGGUAGAAAAUCUUCUCUCAGACCACGCAAAAGAAAAAGGAAGGCUCCAUAAAGUGCUCAAGCACCUGCGGAGUGAACUGAAGUUGAAAAGAGCUGCAGCGAACUCAGGCUGGAGGAGGGCCCGGCUGCACUUUGUGGCAGUGACCCUGGACCCGGACACAGCACAUCCCAAACUCAUGCUGUCUGAGGACCGGAGACGUGUGAAACUUGGAGACAGAAGGCAGCCCGUGCCCGAUGGCCCCCAGAGAUUUGACUUUGUCGUCAGCAUCCUGGGCUCCGAGUCCUUCACGGCGGGUUGUCACUACUGGGAGGUGUACGUGGGAGAUAAGACCAAGUGGGCUCUGGGGGUGUGCAGCGAGUCUGUGAGCAGGAAGGGCAAGGUCACCGCCACACCCGCCAAUGGACACUGGCUUGUGAGACAGAGUAGUGAGAAGAAGUAUGAAGCUCUCACGUCCCCGCAGACCAUCCUGCACCUGAAAGAGCCCCCGCAGUGUGUGGGGAUUUUCCUAGACUAUGAAGCCGGAGUCAUUUCCUUCUACAAUGUGACCAGCAGAUCCCACAUCUUUACUUUUACCCACACUUUCUCUGGCCCCCUUCGCCCUUUCUUUGAGCCUUGCCUUCAUGAUGGAGGGAAAAAUACAGCGCCUCUAAUCAUCUGCUCAGAGCUCCAGAAGCCAGAGCCAUCAACAGCCCCCAAGCCAGAAGAAAAAGGCCAUGCUAAUGGAGAUGUGGCCAUGAAGGUGGACACUUCCCUACUCCCCCCACAGGCACCGGAGCUUUUCCCACUCAGGGAUAUGGUCCUGCCCUGGCCCUCUGACAUUAGCCCUGCCCUUCAGGGGCUCAAGGUUCCUUCUUUUUAA